UUCCAUCCACCUGUGCAAUAACUCCAUCCAGAAACAUUAUGAGAAUUCCCUGAACCGCCACUCUGAGCUGCCCUCAGACAACAUGUGGUCCUCUGAUCAAUUCCAGAUGCACCUGAGGAAAAUGGGGGCACCCGAGGCCUGGUCCAAGGUGAUUGUGCCUGGCAUGAAGGCGGCCAUCAUUCAUGCCAUACAGACCUCUCAGGACCUCGUGGAGUUCCGCAAAAACAGCUUUGAGCUUUAUGGGGCAGACUUUCUCUUUGGAGAAAACUACCAGCCGUGGCUGAUUGAGAUCAAUGCCAGCCCCACCAUGGCAGCCUCUACGUCUGUCACCACCCGGCUGUGUGCCAACGUGCAGGAGGAUACCUUGCGGGUGGUCAUUGACCGCAAGUAUGAUCGCAAUUGCAACACAGGAAACUUUGAGCUCAUCUAUAAACAGCAGACUAAAUACAAACUAAAUCUGACCAACUGGUCAGAUAUUUUCUCCUGCUCUUACUUGCCCUUGGAAGAAGUGAAUAGUUUCCUUUUGACCAAUCCAGCGGUGGGAUUCCAAAUCUUUUUCUACCGGUUCUAUGAGAGAGAGCUUCGUGUGUGCGUGCAGCACUCAAAACUGCCUUCAGUGUCAGUGCUGGCUGCCGUGGAGAUUCCCCAGUACAUUGGCAUUAGCCUUUUGGUAGAAGGAAGCACGGUGAAGAAGCCUCAACUUCCAACCCAAAGAAGCCCCCCUCCGGCUAUUGACCCAAAGAAUGGCUGUGUUGCUCCACAGCAGCAAAAAGUUCCUAAACUGAUUCACCGGCGCAAUAACCAAAGUCUUCCUCGGGCACCUACCCCAUGCUGGACAGCAGCGAACAACAAGACCGCCGAGCCAGGAGCUCCUGGGAAGGAGAACAAAGUCAAAGAGAAACCCACCCCUAGCAAAGUUGCUCCUUCAGGCUCGGUGAGGUUUAAGCUGCCCAACAAGCUCAAAGCAGAACCCCGUAACCGAAGGUUGCUGAUGGCACACAGUAUGGCUACCACGACUGUCGUGACAGGAGGUACAGCUCAGCUCUGUGCCAAAUCAAGCUCUCAAGAAUUGACUGCUAACCCCCAGGAGCCUACUGCCAAUCAUGCCAAGCUCACCAGUAUGGUAGGUAGGAAGCCGGGCCUGAGGCUACAUCUGCAGGAAAUCCAUACUGUCUCCGGCCUGGCUGUUUCCUGCAGGCUCCCCUGCCUCUUCUGCAGAGAUGGAAAGGCUGUGGCAAAUUUGCAAAGGCUGCGUUACUGUUCCAGAGCUGAGCCUUUACUUCCUGCAGCUCCCAAAUUCUUCUACCGCAAAGCACUCAGCACUUGCCCGGCUCAGGAUCAGCAGCAGCUGCCACCUCUUGUACCAGCUUUUGACAACCAGAUGUCUGUCUUGCCUCCUGUGGGGGGGAAAGAUUCUGAAUCCUCAUUGACUAAUUCUACCCUGGCAGCUGAUUCUGUCUCUUCAUUCUGAUAAAGCAGGGAGGACUUGCUCCAUGGGAGUGGCCCUUAGGAAUUCACCUUGCUUGGCCAAGCCAAUUUUUUUUUGUGUUUUUCUUUUGAAUGGUUAAAGUUUUUUUCAAGUUGGUGCUGGGAAUCUCAAAAAAAAUAAGUGUCAUUCAGAAAGGGGAAUUUGACUCCUGCUGUGGCUCUUUCCUGUGAUUGGAGGAUGUUCUGAAGUUCUCGCUCACUGGAAAAUAAGUGGUUUUCUUUUGUGUGACUCCGUUCCUCUUUGACACAAAAGAAGGGAAAUGACUGAAAACCAUGGGAAAUUAUUAUGGGGAAUAAUAAGACUGAAUUCGUCAAAGGCAAAGAAACAUCUGGGCCAUUGAAGCAAAGAAGAGGAGAAAACAGCAUUCCAGAUUCAGUCUACAGGCUGUGCUUGCAACAGAGGAGCCAAUUCAGAAAAUAAUCCUUCAUUCUUCUAAAAAAAAAAAGCAGUUUCUAGCAUUGUUUUAAUGAAUAAUUUAUGCAGUUUUAUAGCCUUGGUGGUGCGUUUGAUGCUUCUAAAUGCUGUAUUGGGAGGAGACAGAAAAUGAUUUUGAACGUCCUGUUCCAACAGUGUGGAUAUUUCACAAUAAUUCUAUGGUGCCAUCCAACUUACGUGCCAACAUAAUCACUGCCCAUAUGUGCCUAUGUAUCUGAGUGCGGGGCAGCCAACUCAACCCUCCAUCUUGCCAAAAUACAUCUUUCUAAAUGUGUUUUCUCCAUGUCCCUCCUUUCCCUCACCUUCCCUUCUGUACGAGUCUGUGUUUUCCUACUCAAUAUUCACCUUCCAUCUUACUUCCUUCAAAUCCACUACACACAAAUGCAGCUCAGCCAUUUGACUCCUUUAUAACAAUCGGAUAUUCACUACGAAAAUGGGCAUCUGCAGAGGCGGCCAGUGAAGAAUGGGGAAACAAUUGGAAACCCAUGCUGGCUGUGGAAUUGUGGGAGUUAAAGCCCACAAAUCUUCAAGCCGGCAAGGUUGAGGAACACUGCUUUAGAGGGAUGACAUUGGCAGUAUAUGUCCUGGAAAAAUCUUCUACAGGACUUAAAAGGUGAAAAGGAUGGCUUUACAUCUCCAGUGGCCCUUGCGCCUGCCUUAACACCGUUUAAGAGUACAACCUGCUUCAAUUUGGUUACUUCUGGUUGGCAGGGCUGUGAGAGGUUUCUGUGGUGAUGCCGAAAAGAUGAUAGGGAGUAUGUGGAGGCAUGCCCGCAGCACUUUUCUGUGAUUCAGGAAAGUAGCCAUGCCCGUUUCCAGAAUACUGGGAAAGGACAUGGCUGCUUUAAUGAGUUGUAGCCAAAUGCAGUGGGAAUGCAUUUGUAACAUUGUACAACCUACUGAUACAGGUAGGACGUACCAUUUGGCCACAGCAGCACAUUACCUUGAAUUGUUUUGGGGGAUUAUAAUCUAAAGUGGAAAGUUUGGAAAUUGCUUGGAUUGCUUCAGCUUGUCACUCAGGUGACAGUGCUAGCAAUUGGAGUGCUAUUAAAUGUUUAGCUGCAGAAAGACGUCGAGACAUGAGAUGACUCAUAGAUUUGGGGUAUGUUAAAAAUGUUUCAAUGAUCACUUUAUUAUAAAUAAGCAUGCUUUUUACUAGGUGUCCCAUAGUUUCAGUUCAGGAUAUGCUCCCACCCAUGGAAAUGCUCCACUAAAGAGAAAAAACUGGCCCAACAAAAAUGACUGGAUUAUAAAUACCAACUUUCCAUUAUUCAUACUGACUGGGAAUGAGAUCAGUUCCCACUUCUGUUCUACAUAUUACUGUCCAUAUUUUGAGGCACAAUCUAGGUUAAUUCUUAUCUAGAAAGCUCUAAAUCAAUAAUGAAUCUCCACACUUCCCGUGAAACUGUAUGUUCCUGUGACACGGCAUAUUCUUUUCCUUGCUGUUUCCUCUCGUCUAUUUGUAUUUCUCCUUCAAAAAUAUUCCAACAUUACUAGAACAUUCUAAAAUGGUUCUUUCCAGCCUCACUCCUUUCUAAAUACUUCAGAGCUUUCUCGGCUUCUUCAUAGCUCGAUGCCCUUAACAGCAAUUCAAACUCAUUACUUUGGGGACAUUUUCCUGUUUCUAUAAUUGCUUUGUUUUCAUAUUAUUGUAUUUAGUUAUCAUCAAAAUGGUAGUAAAUGUCAAGAACUCUUGUUUACGCUGGACAUUUGAGCAUAGAAGAAAAAUAAUUGCAAGUUUGCUUUCUUUUAAGCCACUCGCUAAUUUUGAUUUUUUUUGGUGGUGGAUGUAUUAUUCGACUGAUUAGUUUUGGAGGUCCCAUUUUCCUGUUCAGAAUUUGGUUAAUAGGACUUUUUGACCUUUUUCUUCAGCAAAUAAUUAAGCAAAGUAUGGUUACACUUUUAUACAACGCAUGUAAAGAUGGUAUUUUGAGGGGUUCCCCCCCUUUGGGCUUUUUUUUGGGGGGGGAGGAGUAAUUCAUAAUAACCAGAGCAUAUUCAGCUCCACCUUUUAUUGCUUUUGCAUGGAGAACAUGACUUAGAGUGGAGGUAAAGUACCUGGUAACCUAGGUAACUUACUCUGCCCUCCUGAACUAUGACUGUAACUGUUAUUUGGGUCUUCCAAGGCCUUUCUCAGAGAUUAAAUUAAUCUCUUGAGUGAAGGAAAUCAAAUUGAUCAUAAUGUACACAUUUUGUUUUCGAAAAGUUCCAGACCCCAUUCAGUCUACAAAAUGUCCUUAGAUGGGACUUGUUUAGUCUUCGGCUUGUGAUCUUGGUGAGAUAUUAACAGCCGCAAUGUUUAAUCAUGGCUUUCGUUAUUCCUAAACUUAGGUUUCCAAGCACUGUAGGACUGACUCUCUCAUCAACUUAAGAUCCAGGGUUAGAAAUCACUAGAUCAGAUGGACUAAUUUACUCUGGCACAAGACUGAUUCUUAAAUAAAUGAGCUUCAAGUUCCCACAUAUUCUAGCAUGCUAUUUCCGUAUAAAUAUAUUCCAUGUAUUUUCUACUAGCCCUGGCACCAUACUUAAAAAGGAGCCUGUGUCAUACAGUGGAUAUCCCACCCCCUCAACUGUGAUAAAUGUCAGUGUUUCAGAUUUCCAUUAAUAUGCAUAAAAUAUUUUUCUUAAAAUGGGAAAGAAUGCAAUGGGAUGCCAAAUUUUUUAUGUAUUUAUAAAUUUUAUUACAAUCCAUAAAGCAUGUAUUUUAGGUAAUCAAAUAUAUCUUCUUUAUUUUACUAUUAACAUAUUUACACUCAGGUCUUGUAACAGUGUGGUUUGUAAAAGUCUUUGUAAAACAAUAAAUUUUACUUUUGUAAUCUA